AUGGAGCGUCCAGUCACGCCUCCAGCAGCUGCGACCAAUUCGCAAGCUACGUCAUCGAAAACCCCAGAGAUGACAAGGCGCAUCGAAGAGAGCCGCCUACGAGCCAAAGCCAUCCGCGAACAGCGAGAAGCUGAGCAGCGAGCCUCGGGAACUGCGGAGCGGCCACUCAACGAAAUUUCGACGGGAGAUAUUGCGGCUGGCAACAAUCGUGAUGGGCGUAACGUGGGAGACGAGGCCGCCCUGCGACCGGCAAAGAAGUUUACCAAGUUUGUAGACUACAACAUGAGCUCGAUGACGGACACAAAAGGUGGCUUCCUCUCUAUGGAGGAUGACCCUCACAACUAUGCGCUGGGCGUUCAGAAGCCCGGUCAGGUAGACGAGCAGAGACCGAAGGGCAUGACGAUCCAAGAAUGGGAAAAGCAAAAAACGUUACAAAACUUGAGGAGGCUAAAAGCAGGCCCUUUUGAGCCGGGCAUUAGUGUUCUGGACGACCAAAAGACAAGGAAGAAGUGCCGAGAGUGCGGAAGUCUGGAGAUUGACUUUGUGUGGGAAGAAGUCUUUCACAUCUGCGUGUGCAACAAAUGCAAAGAUAAAUAUCCCGAAAAAUAUUCUCUGUUGACCAAAACAGAGUGCAAAGAAGACUAUCUCCUGACAGAUCCCGAGCUGCGGGACCCCGAACUGCUUCCUCAUUUGAACAAGCCAAAUCCGCAUAAAUCCCACUGGCACGACAUGAUGCUCUUCCUGCGGUUUCAGGUAGAAGAAUACGCCCUCGGCACGAAAUGGGGUUCAGCAGAAGCGCUGGACGCGGAAUACGAACGGCGCGAGUCCCAGAAGAAGGCUCGCAAAGAGGCAAAGUUCAAAGAGAAACUGCUAGACUUAAAGCGCAAGACAAGGACCGAAGCGUUUCGACGACAGGCAGGGACACUCGGCAACAAGAACGGGGCACCAAGCAAGUUUGGCGAUGCUGUGGGCGGAGGGGGCCGACAUGUGCAUGAAUGGGGGCGAACGGUCGAGAACGAGGAGGGUAUGACUGUCAAGACGUGCGUGACGUGCGGAAUGGAGGUGGAAGAGUUGGAAUUCUGA